GCGACCAUCACUAGCACCUAUGUGUGUAUAAUGCUGAAUACAAAGCUAAAAAAGAGCAGUAAACAACUAAGUGAAAAUAAUUGAUAAAAGCCUACGACGUAACCAGGACGGAAUUUUUCCGCAGUGGGCGUGUGCCAAAUGUCAACGCUAGUCAGAAUAAUACGACAAAGCAUUUUGGUCUCUAACCACACGCAGCUACGCAGGAUGUUCGGGCAAAGUUCAACCAUUGCUGUGGGUCAAAUGCGUUCUACCAGUGAUAAGGCCGCUAAUCUCGACCAGGUGAGAGAGCUGGUGGCCAGGGCCAAGUCUAGAAACGCAUGUAUGCUUUUCUUGCCCGAGUGCUGUGAUUUUGUAGGCGAGAACCGCGACCAAACACUUGAGUUUUCGGAGGGCUUAGACGGAGAGUUAAUGGCGCAAUACCGGGAGCUGGCCAAGGGCAAUGAAAUGUGGCUCUCCUUGGGCGGCGUGCACGAGCAAAACGAGCAGGGAAAAAUCUACAACACUCAUGUCCUCGUAAAUGAGAAGGGGGAAUUGGCCGCUGUUUACAGGAAGCUGCACCUAUUCGACGUAUCUACAAAAGAAAUUCGCUUGCGCGAGUCCGACACCGUAUCGCCGGGCGAUAGCCUGGUGCGACCAGUUAACACGCCCACCGGCCAGGUGGGGCUGCAGAUUUGCUAUGACCUACGGUUCGCCGAACCUGCAGUGAUGUUAAGAAAAAUGGGUGCCCAGUUGCUCACAUACCCGGCUGCUUUCACCUAUUCUACGGGCAAGGCGCACUGGGAGAUCCUGCUGCGCGCGAGAGCGAUCGAAACUCAGUGCUUCGUGGUUGCUGCAGCCCAGCAGGGCUGGCACAACAAGAAGCGGCAGAGUUGGGGCCACAGCAUGAUUAUCAGCCCCUGGGGAAAAGUUUUGGCCGACUGUGGCUGUGAGGAGCUUGCUAUCGGCACGGCCGAGGUAGAUCUCUCUGUCUUGCAAAAUCUGUACGAUUCCAUGCCCUGCUUUGAACACCGACGAAACGACCUCUACACCUUGACAGCUUACAACGUUCCCAGUGCGGAACCCGCGCAGGAUCGGCCAUUUGCCAGCAACAUAGUGGACAGACGCACUAUUUUCUACGAGUCCGAGCACUGUUUCGCUUUCACCAAUCUGCGAUGUGUCGUAACGGGCCACGUCUUGGUGUCUACAAAGCGCGUAACACCACGGCUUUGUGGCCUUUCUGUAGCCGAGAUGGCAGAUAUGUUUUCGACGGUCUGCAUGGUUCAAAGGCUUCUGGAAGAGAUAUACCAAACCACUUCCGCAACCGUCACGGUACAGGACGGCGCCCAGGCUGGACAGACUGUUCCCCAUGUUCACUUCCACGUGAUGCCACGCCGUUAUGGGGACUUCGGCCACAAUGACCAGAUUUAUGUGAAAUUGGAUGAACGUGCAGAAGAAAAGCCUCAGCGCUCGAUUCAGGAAAGAAUAGAGGAGGCUCAAGUGUACCGCAACUUCCUUACGGAUAAAAGCUAGUUGCUUAUCCCCACUCCUUUCUCUGUUAUUUAUUACAUUAAUAAAAAAACAUGUUGUAUACCGCGAA